AUGCCUCCCCCAACCCCAACAAAUCACUACAUCUUCGACCCGUGGAACUCCUCCGCAACAGGCCACCAGCGCGCCGAAAACCCCUACUCCAACACCACCAGCUGGCGCGAGACCCGGCGCGCCAAGCUCGCCAUCCAGUUCGCAGGCGACACUACCAAGAUCAACAGCGGAAGUGGAAAUGGAGGUGAAGGGAGAGGAGAAUGGAAAUGGCUCUCCGCCGCCGAGGCGCACCGCAACCAGCUCGGAUGCAGGGAUAUCCGGACGAUGAUGGGGACGAGCAAGAAGCGUGCUUCUACUUCUGCUUCUGCUUCUACUAUCGAUGAAGAUGAGAACGGAGGUAAAUGCAAGAAGGGGAAGACGGAGAGGGAGAUACUCUGCCAGACACCGCCCGAACCCGAACCCAUUAUUUUCAAAUUACAGGAUGAAGACGAUAACGAGGGCGGGGAGAGGAAGAUACUCGCCGGAACAACAAUCUACAUCAACGGCUCGACGAUGCCUCAUAUCUCAGACCACAGACUCAAGUCCCUACUUGUCUCGCACGGCGCCCAGGUCGCCAUCUCCCUGGCGAGGAGGAGCGUCACGCAUGUUAUCGUCGGCAAGCCGAAUGCGGGGCCUGGUGCCGGUGCUGGUGCGGGCGGGGGGCUUGCGGCGGGGAAGUUGCAGAGGGAGAUUGCCAGGGGUGGGUGGAGGGGUGUCAAGGUUGUUGGGGUCGAGUGGGUGUUGGAGAGUAUCAAGGCGGGGAAGAGGCUUUCGGAGGGGCGGUUUGCGAUGGAUUUGGCGCCGGGUGGGCAGAGGAGCGUGAUGGGGAUGUUUCGACGGGGGUAG